GAAGAAGCGGCUGGAUGCAAGGUCCGCAUCACCAACAAGGGCCUGGACAUGCUCAAAGCAGAGACUCAGAAGUUUGUGGAGGAUGAGCUGAGUAACAUCCGCAUGCCGGAGAUGAGUGGCAAUGAGGGAAAGUUCUACUACAAUAUCACAGAUGUGCAGAUCACGGAGCUGAACCUGACCUAUGCUGACUUGAGCUUCCUGCCGGACGUGGGUCUGAUGUUUGACGUGCAGAACUCGUCCAUUGCGCUCAGCUUGCACAGACAGCUCCUCUACUGGUUCUUUUAUGACACAGGAAACAUCAAUGCGUCAGCCGACGGCGUCAACAUCGACACGACCGUCGGCCUGGGCCGAGACGCAGACGGACGCCUCAAGAUCCAUAAUGUCACCUGCCGAGCCAAAAUAGAGAAGAUAAGGGCAAAGUUCAGCGGAACACUUGGGAGAGUUUAUGACAUCCUAGGAAAGUUCCUGACCACCGCCAUGCGCCUGGUUCUCAACAGACAGAUCUGUCCGGCUCUGCGCCACGCGUCUUUGGUGCACGUCAACUCCAUGCUGGAGACCAUUCCGGUGAGGACUGAGGUGGACAGUUACAUUGGCAUCGACUAUUCCCUGAUAGAUGAUCCGUUGGUCACGUCGCAAAGUCUGGACAUGAACUUCCGAGGGAUGUUCUUCCCCCUGUCAGAUGAGCAUGACAUCCUGAUAAACUACGCGGCGGAGCCCCUGAUCCAAGAGUAUAACAGGAUGGUCUACUUGGCGCUGUCAGAGUUCUUCUUUGACAGCGGCUUGUACUCCUACUACAAGGAGGGAAUCUUCCAGAUGAACAUUACUAAUGACAAGAUGCCCAAAGAUCUGGAGAUGCUGCUGAGGACAACCUACUUUGGAACCAUUAUGAUGCUGAACCCGGCGGUGAUGGACUCGCCCGUGUCUUUGGAGCUGUCCGUCAAUGCGGCGCCCAAGACCACUAUCAAGACCUCUGGGGCGACGGUCGUCAUGACUGCCAUUGUUAUGGUGAUGAUGACGCCUGCCGGGCAGCCGCCACUGCAACUCAGCAGCAUGACCAUGGAAACCACAUUCAACGCCAAAGUUUUUAUCAGAGGAAAACGUCUGGCGGUACAAGCCGACCUGCGCAGGUUCAAAAUCUACUCCAACCAAUCAGCGCUGGAAUCUCUGGCACUGAUUCCUCUCCAGGCCCCUUUGAAGACAGCCCUGCAGAUGUCAGUGGUUCCUCUCAUCAACAAUUGGACCAAGCGCGGAGUUCGCAUUCCUCUGGCUGAGGGGAUGGACCUCAUUGAGGAUGUGGUGGAAUAUCACAACGGUUUCAUCGUGAUCGGUGCCAACCUUCACUUCAGCAAAGGCCUGAGGGAGAUGGCGGUUGGGCCGUAA